UUACAAUUGUUUCCCUCUAUUAUUAUUUAGGUAUAAUGGAGCAUGGAUUGCUGUCUCUGCAGUCUCUGCUCAUCUCUCUGGGUCUGGUAAUACUUGGACUAACCCAUGGGGAAGGUCUUGGUCCUACAAAGCGCCCCCUCCCAGGGCAGGAGGAGCAUGGGACCUGUAGAGAAUGCUGCGAGAGGGGGCUACCAGGUCAACAAGGGAACCCGGGUUACCCUGGGGUGCAAGGACCCGCUGGAUUACCAGGUAACCAUGGGAACAAUGGCAACAACGGUCCUCCGGGGGUCCAGGGUCCGAAGGGAGAUGCGGGACCAAGAGGCAUGGACGGGACCAAAGGGAGCAAGGGAGACCAAGGACCAAUAGGACUACCAGGAAAGAGAGGACAGGCAGGAGAUCCUGGUAUACCCGGAGCCCCCGGGAAGCCCCACGGUGCGGUCAACUCACAGGCACAGGGUCCCAGAGGCCCAAGAGGGCACGCUGGACCAAGGGGCCCGAAAGGGGAACCCGGCGACAGCGGUCGUAACUCCCACAACCUGCGGAGGUGGUCUGCUUUCUCCUUCGGUAGCACCAAUGUCAUCACCGCAUCCACCCACGACGAUCGGAUCCUCGAGUUCAACCACGAAUUCGUGAACAUAGGAAACGAUUUCGAUACGGAAAGGAGCGUCUUCACUUGCCAGAUCAACGGAACCUACUACUUUGUCAUGCAUGCCAACAAAUGGUCAAACUCGAGGAAUCUUUAUAUUAAACUGAUGAAAAAUGGGGAAAUGGUUACGGCAAUUUAUGAGGAUGCAGGGUAUGAUUAUUACGAUGGGAUCAGUAACAGUCUCCUACUGCAUCUUAGGCGGGGUGACCGGGUGUGGUUACAACUGCAUAGCAACAAUGAAGUGUAUGGAGGAUUGGCAAAAAUGACUACAUUCUCAGGAUGGUUGGUGCGAGAGGAUUGAUGACAAGGCAAUCCGAAGAACAGUAGACCUUGAAACAGUCUUGUGUAUUGGAGAACUGGAGAGACAGUAUGUAAUGGAGACCUUGCGGCAAUGGUUCUUUCUAAAUUUUCUCAAAACACUUAGGGUUCGGAACAAUAACGAAGGUAUGAGGCAAGUCUUUCUGCUGGAAGCACACUCAGCAUUUCUUUCACUGCUGGUGGGUGUUUCAUAUUAAAAGCAGUUCGCAAGUUAUGAGUGGCUUUAAGAAUGACUGGUAAUCCUUUUUUGUGGUAAGGAUAUUCAGUCGAUCUUCAAGUCGCUCUUAACUUAAGAACAGAUUAAGGAAACACCUCCCUGACCCUAAUGAGAAGUAGAGAUAAACACAUCCUCACUCACCUCAAAGAAAAUAUUUAAGGACAAAUAUGACUGCUAUGCAGUUAUUAUUCAUGAAUGUCAGACUCAAAGUUAAAAUUCUUUCAUUUAAAUGUUUGUGCCAGCCACUGUCUUGCAGAAUCAAUACAUUUAUGGUAAAGUUGAUCAGGCAAAAUACAUGCAUAACUUUCUUGUCCAAAACCAUAGAAAUAUCGUCUGUGAAUAUUAUGAAACUCCUGUAUCAACCCAUAAAGAUUACAUUGUGAAAUAAGUUGAUAGUGAACUAAUAUGCUUUUCAAACUGUACUUUUUUUCCUUAACCCCUGGAAAUCGUUGGGGCUAAGUGGGGGCCUUAGCCCCACCAAUUUUCCCGAGGUCAAGUUUAGCCCACCUCGUUUUCACACUACGUUUUAGCAAAGUGGGCUAGCACGGUAAAUAGUACGGUACUUCUGGCCCUGCAAAAAGCA